AAGCCUAGGUUCACAUCUGUGCGGGUGGUGCCGCUGCGGAUCCACACGAAAAUCCGUGCAGCCUCACCAGCCGCACAGAGGAAUGCGGACCCGCAGGUGGAUUCCAUUAGUUCUAAUAGCACGCCGCCCGCACUGGAAAACGCAACCGUACUGGGAACCGAGGGUCCCAUGCGGGUUGCGUUUUCCAAAGAAGUACAGGGACUUCUUUCCCUGCGGGGCAUGAGAGUCCAAUCAAACGAAUGGGCUCUCGUGCCUGAGCAAAACUCGGCCCGCACGGU